CCCACAUCCGCAGCUACGUUUUUAUCUGACCAGAAAAGAAGGAAGAGACCUGAUUGAGCAGACUUCAUUUAGUAAACCUAUGUGAGAUGUUAAGAUCUGGGAUUACUUAUCUGGACAAUGGAUUUGGAAGAGGCUUUUCAAGUGGUCGGAGAGUUCGGCCGACACCAGAAAGUGAUGGUGACCGUUUUGACACUGCUCCAGAUCUACAUGGCUUGCCAGUCCAUGCUAAUUGUGCUGGUGGGCGCCGUUCCAGAGUACCACACAGAGCCCGUCACGGACAGCAGCGGAGGUGAUGUAACGCAGUCCGUCACGUUUACGGAUGACGUGAACUCCAUCGUGACGGAGUGGUAUCUGGUGAACCAGCAGGCCUACAAAGUUAGUCUGGCGGGAUCUCUGUUCUUCGCCGGUGUGCUCGUCGGGAACGUGCUCUUUGGGCCACUCUCCGACAGGAUCGGGAGAAAACCCGUGUUCCUCACAGGCAUGUUUUUCGAGCUCCUCUUUGCCUACGGCAGCGCCCUGGCGCCCAGCUACGAGCUCUUUGCACUGUCCCGCUUGUUGGUGGGCAUGAUGAAUGGGGGCAUGGCUCUGGUCUGCUUCAUCCUCUCUCAGGAGUAUGUGGGGAAGUCCUACUGGGCCCUGACAGGAACGCUGACUAACAUGACAUUUGCCGUGGGCAUUGCGUUGUUCGCUCUGCUUGGUUACUACAUUAGGCAGUGGCGUAACCUAGCAACGGCAGUCAACUGUCCCGGCGUGCUGCUCUUCCUGUUCUGCAUCGUCCUGCCUGAGUCGCCACGCUGGCUAUACUCCAGGGGGCGCUCUUCGCAGGCCGAGCGUGUGCUGCAGGCUUUCGCGGUGCGGAAUGGCAAGGGCCGGGUCACGCUGAAGUUGCGUCGCGUGCUCAGCCCGGCUGGCCCUGACGCGUCCGGCCCGGGGCUCUUCCGGCUGGCCACUCACCCUGUGCUCCGCUGCAGGACUCUGGUCCUCAUGUUCGUCUGGUAUGCCUGCAGUCUAGUGUACUAUGGCCUGACGAUGAAUGCGAGUGCGGACAGGGGAAGUCGCUAUCUUAGUGUAGCCAUGUACGGUCUGGUGGAGCUGCCUGCCUACCCACUAUGCAUUUAUGUCAUCAACAAGCCCUGGUGCGGGAGACGGAGAUCUUUGUCUGCGUUUCUCAUCCUCUCGGGUCUCUUCUGUCUCUUCUCCAUCGCUGUUCCUAUGCAGUCUGGCACUGUGGGAAGUGGCAGUGUUCUUGCUCUGCUGGGGAAGUUGAUGGUCAGUGCUGCCUUCAACAUUGUCUACGUGUACACCUCAGAGCUGUACCCCACCAUCAUCAGGAAUGCAGGGCUUGGUGUGUGUUCCAUGUCCUGUAGGGUUGGAGGUAUUUUGGCCCCAUUUGUCCCCAGCAUGAAAGUGGUGCACGCAUCGAUGCCCUUCAUGGUCUUCUGUCUGAUCGGGGUAUCAGCCGGUGCCCUCGGCCUCCUCCUCCCCGAGACGCUCAACAGACCUGUUGCAGAGACGCUCGAGGAACUCUCUGCCCCUGCCUACCAGCAUAUGCUAGAGACACAGGUUCGUUUACUGGAGGAUGAGCCUUUGCCAAAACACAGAGGAUCUGAAAGUAAAUGAGCCGUGUGGGUGGCCUAACACACAAAUGCAGAGGCAGGGAUGACUGAAGCAAACCUGCUCCCAGACACGCCCGCAGACACAAAAAGGUAAAGAGGACUUCACUGUCACGUCUGAGUUGAUGCGUCCUACACACUAGAGCUCUGAAUAUAUGAGCACUGCAGCUUCUGAAAGAACCAGGACGAGGAUCUCAGCUCAACUGGAUACUAAAGAGCACACCACUCCUGUUCUAAGGAACCUGCUGGCUAGAGACCACAUCCCCAUGCUGAUGGAGUAGGAUGCUGGAGACCACGCCCCUCCCAUGCUGAGAGACUUAAUGACUAGAGACCAUCUGUUUUAUGAAACUUGCCAAACUAGCUGGCAGAAAUAAAGUGUCUGUGUGUGGGUUUCACUCUCUCUACUACAGCCUUGUCUCUGCUUUGCUUUGGCUCAGACCAGUAGCAGCUUCCACACAGCAGUGACUUGUGCCGUGUGUAACUGGCAGAACUAAUUUCCAUAAUUGGUUGUGUAUCAGUAUUCACGUUACAAUACGUGACACUACCAGGCCGUGUGUUACACGGGAUGUGCUUUUCCAGAAAUGUUACAGAAGAAGAAUUAUGUAAAUGCACAACUCUAUAUUGUUGCUUGUAGCAUUAAUGUUUCCUUAUCUUGGAGAAUGUUGUUACAAAAAUUAAAAUAAAACCAAAACAUAAAACUGU